ACGCAAAUGCAAAGAAAAAUAAAAAAAACUAACUAAUUCGCAAUCGCAAGCAUCAUUUAACCGCGUACAAUGUACAAUUGCUGAGUAUAUGGAAAUUAAUAGCUCUAACUGUGCGCUCUCUCAUGUUCGUAUGUGAGUUUGUUUGUUGCUGCAAUGCGAAUUGCACAGUCAACACAAAUACAAAUUUGUUAUUACGUGACCUCGAGAACGCCGCUAAAAUUAAAAUUCACAGAGCCGUGGCAAAAAGUGUUAUUUUACCUUAAAGCGAAUAUAUCUAAUGCAAAUGCAACACUGCGUGAGCUAAAUGCGUCACUACGAUGCAGAUUAACUGAUUAAUAAAGGUGGAGUGAAGGUAAAAAUAUAAAAAUAAAAAGUACGUGGUAAAUAAAACGAAAACAACGCAAAAAUGUCUGGCGGACGCGACAGCAGCGCAAGCGCCAGCAGCAGCAACGGCAACAGCGCUGCCAACUCCAUCACACCGCAAACGCCGACGCAGCAGCGCGCCCGCGGUCGCCCGGCUAAGCGGGCGACAUGCACCUGGUGCGGCGAAGGGAAACUGCCGCUGCAGUACGUCCUGCCCACACAGACGGGCAAAAAGGAGUUCUGCUCGGAGACAUGCAUCGCCGAGUUCCGUAAAGCGUACAGCAAGGGGGCGUGCACGCAGUGUGACAACGUGAUACGCGAGGGUGCGCCCAAUAAGGAAUUCUGCUCCAUGAUGUGUAUGAACAAGCAUCAGAAGAAGAACGGGUCGACGCGGCACAGCAGCGGUGGUGCUGCGGGCGCUGGUGGCGCCGCCGAUGGGGAGCGCAAAUUGCUGAGCAGCGGUGCGCCGGCGCCCACGGGUCCCUUUCAGUACGAGAGCUUUCAUGUAUUCGACUGGGAUGCCUAUCUAGAGGAAACUGGCAGUGAUGCGGCGCCCGCCGAGUGCUUCAAGCAGGCGCUGAAUCCGCCCAACAACGAUUUUAAGAUUGGGAUGAAACUGGAGGCACUGGAUCCACGCAACGUAACUUCCACCUGUAUUGCGACUGUAGUGGGUGUGUUGGGCUCACGAUUGCGCCUGCGGCUUGACGGCAGCGACUCACAGAACGAUUUCUGGCGCCUGGUCGACUCGACGGAGAUCCAUGCGAUCGGGCAUUGCGAGAAGAAUGGCGGCAUGCUGCAGCCGCCUCUUGGUUUCCGCAUGAAUGCUUCCAGCUGGCCCGGCUAUCUCUGCAAGAUACUCAACAAUGCAAUGGUUGCGCCCGAGGAGAUAUUCCAACCGGAGCCUCCGACGCCCACUGAGAAUCUCUUUAAGGUUGGCCAGAAACUGGAGGCGGUGGACAAAAAGAAUCCCCAACUGAUUUGCUGCGCAACAGUUGAUGCCAUCAAGGAUGAUCAAAUUCAUGUCACUUUCGAUGGCUGGCGCGGCGCCUUCGACUAUUGGUGCAAUUAUCGUUCUCGUGACAUUUUCCCAGCUGGAUGGUGCGCGCGCAGCUGCCAUCCUAUGCAGCCGCCGGGUCAUAAGUCGCGCAUGGACUCCAGCUCUGGCAAGCAGCGUUGCCCGCGUCCCAGAUAUACCGUUGUCGCUGAAUCGGAUGCCAUGGUGGCCGCCUCCCCGGUAACGGCGCACUUUCACACCAACUGCAAGGGCGGACCCUUUAUUAAUGGCUCCAAGCUGCCGUCUAUGGUGACGGGGCCGACGCAUCAGACGCUCGCCAAGCUUUGCCUUCAGGAGGUGCUGGCCGCCAGCACAGAUACACAGCAGUUGUCCAAGCUGCUCUUCGCGCUCGACGGAGAUGUGCAUAUUGUGACCGCUGCUGGCAAGAAUUUUACGGUCAAAAUACCCUCGCCGCUGCGCAUGAAGGAUGAUGAAAGCCUGGCCCAGUUUAUUGAGACGCUAUGCAUCACAUGCCGAGCAUGUGCAAAUCUUAUCUCAUUGAUGCCGGAGACCGAGGAGUGCAAGAAGUGCGCACACAGCCGAAAGCGUCAGUUGUUGCAGACCGCAACGCCGCCAGCGUCGCCUGUGCUGGCCGAGAAACGCAGCCGUCAAUCGAAAUCCGCCACGCCCACGCCCACAUCGCCCGCCGAGAAGCCGCUAAUUAUCAAGCAGGAGGCGGGCGUCAAGGCGCAGACGCAGCAGCCCGCAAGCAAAGCCACUAAGGAGACAUUAAGCCACAACAACAACAACAACACUAACAACAACAACAAUAACAAUAACAGCAACAAUAAUGUUAGCAGUGCCAAGCUGGCCAUCAAAGUGGAACCAAACAGCGUCCCAGCGACAGCCUCAGCGCAGAAUCAAGCACAGGCGUUGCGCAAGGUGCGCUUCCAGCAUCACAACAAUAACAAUGGCAACUGCCAGCUGGAGACGAGCAACAACUUGGGCUCAACUGGCAGCAACAGUAACAGCUCCUCCUCUUCUAACUCCUCCAGCAGUAGCAGCAGCAGCGGAAACAGUAGCAAUAGCCUAGCCGGCGGCACAGCAAAUGCCAAAUAUUUGGCACCACUCGUCGCCGAGGUGCAUCCAGAGCAGCUGAGCGCCAAGCCGCCCAGCAGCUACUAUAAAUCGCCAACUACAUUAUCAUCAAGCGCCUCCUUUCCGUCUUCGGUAUCCACGCCUUUCACCGCCUCACAGUCGGCCUGUCCGGCGGCGCCGGCUGCCAGCGCUGCCAAAGCGGCAACAGCGCCAGUGGCUGCAUCUGCAUCCAGCAGUUAUGCGGGUACAGCCAUCACCUCACCGCUUAGCACACCCACAUCGACGGCCUGUUCGCAUCUACGAGCGCAGCCUAUCGACUGGUCCAUCGAAGAGGUCAUCCAGUAUAUCGAGAGCAAUGACAACUCGCUGGCCGUGCAUGGCGAUCUCUUCAGAAAGCACGAAAUUGAUGGCAAAGCCUUGCUUUUACUUAACUCGGAGAUGAUGAUGAAAUAUAUGGGCCUUAAGCUGGGGCCAGCCUUAAAAAUAUGCAAUCUAGUGAAUAAGGUCAAUGGACGAAGAAACAACAUGGCUUUGUAAAUUGCCAGAAGCAUAAAAGAAACAUGGAUAUGGAAAUGGAACAAAAUAAAGCGCAAGAAAAGGAACAAGGCCAGCGCAGAAGUGUUAACAAAUUAGUACCUCCUUAAAAAGUAAAAGUAAACAAAAAAAUAAAGAUAAUCACAUAAUAGAAAACAGAUAUGCAGAAUAUAUUUGUAAUGUGUUCGGGCAUUGAUGAAGUUGAAUAACGUUAACAAAUUACUUUAAAAUAUUUAAUUUUCAACCUAAAAUUCUAAUGCGAACUAUGUUAAACAUGCGCGAAGGAAACCAAAACAAAUGUCGAGCAAAAAAUAACUUGAAAUUCCAAAAACUCAUAUUCAAAAUAUCAGUUUUUCCAGCAAGAAAAACGUAUAAAACAAAAAAAUAACACAUUACCUUUAAAAUGCAUACGCAAAAUAUUUAUUACACACACGCACAUUAGGCACGGAAACCCAAAACAGUUUGUAUUUAAUAAAAAUAUAUACGACAAAAAAAUCCCUUGAAAAUAUUGUACAUAAUUUUACAUAUAAUUUUGUAAUUAUGUAUGUACUGAUUGCGUUUCUUUAAACUUAAACUAUUACAAUGUUUGCUUAAUUUUAGUAAUUUACUUUUAAGUGAAAUCAACAAACAAACAAAAGAACAAUCUGUUUAAUUUUAUUUGUAGACACAUAAGAAACCUAAAAUACAAAACUAAAUGAAAAACCCAAACUUAAAUUGUAAACUAUAUUAACUCGAAAGAACCGACAGCGGAUACAUAUAACACAAUCAGAUAUAUAUAUAUAUAUAUAUAUAUAUAUAUAUAUAUACACUUCUAUGCAAUAUUUCUCAUUAUGUUUAUUUACACACCCACACAAAAACUCACAGACAUCUACACAUAAGAUAUACUUAUACCAUACAUAUAGCAAACUGUAAACAUUAUUAAACUUGGUCAACAACAAAUAUUUUAUUUUUUUCACUUUAAUAAUAAUUGCUGCUUAUGAAAGACGAAACUGCUAGGAACCAUAGAAGUAUUAACAUUUGUAGUACUCAAUCUAAAAUUUUAGAUUGCCAACUGAAGGGUCUAUGGCUCUCCUUUCUUCCAGCUAAGUUUUGCAGAGCGCUUAUUUUAUAUAUAUACUUCCAAACUAUAACACUCACAUACUUCAUAUACAUAAGCCCCAAAUAUACGAUGUAUACAUAUUAAACUUUCGGAUUGACACAGGUAAAUUUCGAAUAAAGCAAAAAGCAGUUGCAUAUAAUCAUAAAAUUAGUCAAAAACUUCAUGUAUACUUGAAAAACGAGAGUAAUAAUAUCCCGUAUUAACCCUUGGCUAAUCUUUAGAAACAAAUAUAUAGAAAAUUAACGGACUUUUAUCAGAUGCUGAUAUACGACUUACACCAAAAAAAAAUUAGCACUAAUGAACAAAUUGGAAUACAAUUAUUGAAUAUAUGCGAAAAAAACAAUUAUCUCCUAAAAUCACCCAGUCUCUCACACAAACACCCACACAUUCACACGCUAGUUCAAAUACACAUACACACACUCAUAUACAAAUUAUUAUAAUGUAUUCAUUUUGUUUUGCCAUUUACAUUAAAUUAGGUACUAAGUGAAUAGUUAUUUAAUUCCUUUCACGUUAUGUAUGUAUAGAGAUGAACCACAAAAUUGUAUCAGACAAUUGAAAUCUGAAUAAAGCAAAGCAUAUGCAUAUUGAUAAGUAUUUAAAUACUAUUAAAUUAUGUUAUAC